UACCAGCCGAUUACUAUCCAGAAUACGACCCAGAAAUGUAUGCAGCUAAACUACCAGAAUUAACACAUUUAACCAUAUGGCCUCAUAGCGAAUGUAACUGGGUUCGUUCUUUUGCGGGUUGUAAAAAAUUGCGUCAUCUUACAUUUUACCAAACGUGCUAUGGAGUAGAUGUAUCAGGUCAACUAUCAGACUUUUUAGACUUUAUCACCUCUACUCAAUUCCCUCACCUCAAAAUCAUAGAUAUUCCUAUUUAUCGUCGCUUCUUUCCACUCACCCCAAGAAUACAGUCUAUGAUUUCUUCAUUAAAAACGUUUUGCAAGUCUCAAGGAAUCGAAUUGAAGGUUUUUUCAGACGAUGGACUUGCAAGGUUUCUAGAUGAUUCAUUGUGCUUUCUUUCCUAAGACAAUGCCUUGGAAUGAUCUCAACUUGGGAUUAGGUAUUGAUUCGGCUCAGAAGGUAGAAACAAUUGUAAUGAAGAAACUUAGUCUUGUACAAAUUGAAAAUUGCUCAAAAGCCUCUUGUGACCCGAGUCAACCAUUUUGCAAACAUUCUUGGCCCGUGCUACAAGACGUUGUUUACCUGUACUAUGCAGAGGUAAAUGCAGUGCAGAAUCAUCAGCUUUUGGGACAAUGUGUGCUCUCAACCCAAAGACAAGAUAACAUUUGGCUGUGUGAACAACACAUCACAGAUCAGGAGGAAUAGAAGAUUUGGCAGGUGCUAC